CGACGCCAUUUUGACAGGUCGGACGGGAGAUAGCAUUCUUCAGAAAUCGAAUUUUGUGUUCGAUUUUGAGAUAUGUUUAGAUUUAUUUGUUGGACUUAGUUAGUGUUAUUUAGUAUCUUACUAAGCUGGAAUAAAUUAAACAAACUCCAACAUGGCUUUACGAACGUACGGCGAUAAGCCGAUAAGUUUCCAGAUUGAAGAAGGAGGAGAAUUUUAUUGUGUUGGCUCAGAGGUCGGCAAUUACCUGCGGUUGUUCCGUGGGUCUCUAUACAAAAAGUACCCUGGCAUGGUCAGGAGGACCCUGACCAAUGAAGAAAGAAAGCGUCUGGUAGACAAUGGGCUGGGUCAGCAUGUUCUAUCAAGUUCUGUGUCACUGCUGAAAGCAUCAGAAGUAGAAGAUAUUAUAGAAGGGAAUGAUGAUAAAUACAAAGCAGUAUCAGUCAGUCAGGAGCUAGCGACACCUCGGGAGAGUAAGAGUAAGAAGCCACAUAAUCCGUCAUGGAUGCCUGUGAUGCCAAAUUCAUCACACUUGGAUGCAGUGCCUCAGGCCACUCAGAUUAGCAGGACCAGGGUUCACAACAAGAAGGUACGCACCUUCCCCCUAUGCUUUGACGACACAGACAUGACUGCGAUGCUGGAGAACGCCUCGCAGAAGCAGAUCCUCGUCCCCAUCCGCCUCGACAUGGAGAUUGAAGGCCAGAAGCUCAGGGACACUUUCACUUGGAACAAGAAUGAAUCAAUCAUAACCCCAGAGCAAUUCGCGGAAGUCCUCUGCGACGAUCUUGAACUGAACCCGAGCACAUUCGUGCCCGCCGUCGCGUCGUCCAUCCGACAGCAGAUCGACGCGUUCCCGAGCGAGCCCCCGGCCAUAUUGGAGGAGCAGAGCGACCAGCGGGUUGUCAUUAAGCUGAACAUACACGUUGGGAAUACUUCGCUUGUUGAUCAGGUGGAGUGGGACAUGUCAGAGAAGGAGAACAACCCAGAAGCAUUCGCGACCAAGCUCUGCGCUGAACUAGGCCUGGGCGGGGAGUUUGUGACAGGCAUCGCUUACUCCGUCCGCGGUCAGCUAGGCUGGCAUCAGCGGACCUUCGCCUUCAGUGAGGCGCCUCUGCCUGUCGUUGAGACGCCGUACCGCCAGCCCUCGGAGGCGGAGGCCUGGGCCCCGUUCCUGGAGACCCUCACGGACGCGGAGAUGGAGAAGAAGAUCCGCGACCAGGACCGCAACACGCGCCGCAUGCGCCGCCUCGCCAACACCACGCCUGAUGUGUCAUUGGGGCGCGCCGUGAACCGCCUGAUCCGCGCCGACGAAGCCCUAUUCCAGUCGACGCCGGAAAAAAGGAGAAAAAAAAUUUAAUCGCCCAGUGCCGAGCUCGAGAACAUGGUGACAAGUUUGUCAAGACCUUGCCUAUAGGGAAUAUUACGCAAAACUGCGGAGGGGGCGCCACUAGCACAAAGAGGGCCUACCGCGAAACACGAAAAUCGAAAUUUCGUUAUCUGCCUCUCUAUUACUCUUGCAUUUUUUUUAACUUUUUUUGGUAAUCAAACAACCACUCUAAAUAAUACUUACUUACUAAACUAAUUGUGUACUAUAAUAUAUUCGAGCGAUCUAUCGCUCACUCUAGUGGCAGAUAACAAAAUUUCGAAUUUAGGGUUUCGCGGCAGGCCCUCUGUAAAAAACCGACUUGAUGCAUCAUAGUCAUAGUGAAAACUUGUCAAAAAAGUGUUUAAAUCAUAUUAUAGAUGUUACUCUAUGGUUUACAAUAUGCGCUAGUGCUGCUCUCUGGCGGCAGUUGCAGUAAUACCCCCUAUUAAACUGUUUGGCAUACUUGUCACGCCACUCGUUCGAAUGAUUGAUUUUAAUCCCUCGACUCACAGAGGAUUAAAACACGGCAAAAAUGCUUUUUAUAUUCUUUAGGAUAUGAUUAGGCGUCUGAGAUAGUGUUGUGAAUAACGCUCAUUUCGAGGCUUAAAUACUUGAACCCUUAAGACUCUCGAGGCUUAACGCCUCAAAGGCGGCAAAGACGAUUUCUUACAUCCAUACGCGUAAAAUAAAUAAAUACAAUUCUCAAAUAUAGUCUAGUCUUCAAGACUUACGAGUCUUGAGGGCUCGAGUCUUUAAGCCUAAAAAUAGGCGUUAUUCACAACACUGGUCUGAGACACUUAAAUUAAGAAACGCGGGCAAAUUUUCCCGCAUUUUUACUAAUCCUAAAAAAAUGAGGUAUAAAUUGGCAAGUUGAUAUUACCAAUGCCAUUGACGUUAGCAAACGCAUAUCAUAAUGCCGGUCGUAAGAAUACCAUAAAAGUGUAGCAGUUAAGAGAGAGACGAAUGGAACGAAUGAUAAAUGAAUGGAACUAAACAUGUAUGCAAGUAAAAUGUACCUAUACAAGUAUACAGUAGAUUCCAAAUAAAAAUCUAAGUUUAAAUCGUCACUGGAGCAUUCCAUGAAGUUGUCUACCGUUGUCCCGUACAAACGGGAAUUGCAGGUACGAGUACAUGUACAGGAAAAGAAACUAAAGAGAAA